CCUCUGAGGAAACAACCGAGACUGUCCUCCCUGAGGAAACAGUGGACACUAUCAUCUCUGAGGAAACAAGAGAAACUGUCGUCCCUGAGAAACGUCCCUCUGAGGAAACAACCGAGACCGUCGUCCCUGAGGAAACAACCGAGACUGUCCUCCCUGAGGAAACAGUGGACACUAUCGUCCCUGAGGAAACAACUGAGACUGUCGUACCUGAGGAAACAACUGAGACUGUCCUCCCUGAGGAAACAACUGAGACUGUCCUCCCUGAGGAAACAGUGGACACUAUCGUUCCUGAGGAAACAACUGAGACUGUCGUACCUGAGGAAACAACUGAGACUGUCCUCCCUGAGGAAACAACUGAGACUGUCCUCCCUGAGGAAACAGUGGACACUAUCGUUCCUGAGGAAACAACUGAGACUGUCUCCCUGAGGAAACAACUGAGACUGUCCUCCCUGAGGAAACAACUGAGACUGUCCUCCCUGAGGAAACAGUGGACACUAUCGUUCCUGAGGAAACAACUGAGACUGUCCUCCCUGAGGAAACAACCGAGACUGUCCUCCCUGAGGAAACAACUGAGACUGUCCUCCCUGAAGAAACAGUAGACACUAUCAUCCCUGAGGAAACAAGAGAAACUGUCGUCCCUGAGAAACGUCCCUCUGAGGAAAAUGUUUUACCAAGAGAGAACGGUACCCUAAUGGUUCUCCCACCAGCUAACAAAGCUCCAGAUGUAGCAGAGGAAACUCCACUAGGAACCUCAACAGUGGGACCCACCGAGGAGGCAACCAUUCGGUCUACAACACACUCUCCUAAGUACGUAGUGGAAACCAACAAUGGAAACUUUCCAGAUGUAGCAGUCCGACCCUACGUAGAACAAGACAUCUUUUUGGGGAACAAUGACUUUGUGGAGGUGGAAGAGGACGAUAACUCGAUUGGUAACGAGAUAGACGACACGCUGCUGCGACCCCUGCGACCCCUGAAGGAGUACGUGGUGGAGCAGCGGAUCAAACUGAAGGGAGAAACCUACAGCAACGCUCUGAGAGACCCCAGCAGCUUCCAGUACCAGCAGCUGGCCAAGCAGUUCAAACGCAGGGUUGAAGUCGCCUUCGACAGGCUGCCAGGCUUCAAGAGCCUUGACAUAAUUGAAUUCAGGCCUCAGAAGGACCUGCAGCGGGGUCUGGUGGUGCAGGUCCACUACGCCAUCACUCUGGACCUGGAGGUGGACAGCGGUGGGAUCUCCAGCGACACUCUGGACUUCAUCACUCUGCAGAAUAAUCAGGUGGAGCGCAGCUACGUUGGCUCUGCUGAGCACCGUCAUCUACACAAUCACUGAUUUCCGUAACUACAUCACCGAAGCUCUGCACAAAGACAACGUCCUGAACAACGGCAGCCUGGACAGCCUGGAAAACGCAGGGAACGUUCCUCCUGUGAAACCUACAAGUGAAUCGGAUGAAGCUUACAACAACAUGG